AUGACAGACUGGAAUUCGCGUCUUUCUACCAUUUUAAAGGAUUACAAUCCCAAAGAUAUAUUUAACGCAGAUGAGACAGGAAUGUUCUAUCGUCUGCAGCCAGAUAAGAUCCUUGAGUUCAAAUCCAAAGACUGUCACGGGGGCAAACAAAGCGAGGAACGCUUGACUGCUAUGGUGUGUGCUGACAUGUCUGGGACUGAAAAACUACCAAUGUUUGUGAUUGGAAAGUCUGCUCAGCCGCGCUGUUUCAAAAACGUGAAAUCACUCCCAACUACGUAUAAAGAUAACAAAAAAAGCAUGGAUGACUUCCGAAAUUUUCACAGAAUGGGUACUCAAGUUAGACUCGGAUAUGACUCGAAACCAGAGAUCAGUCGUGUUAAUUGUGGACAACUGUCCAGCGCAUCCAAAGAUUAA